AUGUCUGCUGCAGGUGCUGGGGCAGGUUCUAGUGGUGCAGGAAGAGGUCGAGGUUCUGCAUCAUUAGUUGAUAACUCAAAGACUGAUAAUAAAGAGACCAAGCCUAUUCCUAAGAUGUCAAAAGCUCUUAGCACAUCAGCUAAGAGAAUUCAAAAAGAACUUGCUGAAAUUUCAUUAGAUCCUCCGCCAAAUUGUAGUGCAGGCCCAAAAGGAGAUAAUUUAUACGAAUGGGUCUCAACCAUUCUCGGGCCUCCUGGUUCCGUUUACGAAGGUGGUGUUUUUUUCCUAGAUAUUCACUUUUCUCCAGAGUAUCCGUUUAAACCUCCUAAAGUUACAUUUAGAACAAGGAUUUAUCAUUGUAAUAUCAACAGUCAAGGUGUUAUUUGCUUGGACAUAUUAAAAGAUAACUGGUCACCUGCUUUAACAAUAUCCAAGGUGCUUCUUUCCAUUUGCUCUCUUCUUACAGACUGUAAUCCUGCUGAUCCAUUAGUUGGAAGUAUUGCGACUCAAUAUUUGCAGAACAGAGAAGAACAUGAUCGUAUAGCCAGACUGUGGACAAAACGUUAUGCAACGUGA